AUCUUGGCAUCCUCGAUUUUGCAAGGACCCCGCGAUCGAACGGAAGUUAAAUGUCUAGGGAGUCAACUUCGCAAUCACAUUAGGCCAUGAAUUCUGUUUUGUCCUUUUUGACAAGAGGUCCCAUCUUUUCCAGAGGCAAACGGCAUUGACAAGUGAAGCAGCCCCGUUGGCCUGUCAUGAGUCAGAUCCUUCAAGGGCCGAAUGCUUCGGCUACGGCAUCCGCCACGAUUGACACGCCGGCAAUCGAAGCAUUAUCAAUCACGGAUCCAGUAACUCCUUCAGAAGAAACGACAGCACCGGCUCCCGACCUAAAGACCCCAGACCCCAAUGCUUUGCCGGCACCAUACUACAUUGAGAAUGGGCUGCGACGCGUUGCUCCUUACCAUUUCACCUAUAAGACUUGGUGCAAGCAACGAUGGAGAGGGAGGAAACUUAUAGACAUAUUUGAAAGCGAGUUUAGGGAUAGACCGCUAGCAUACUAUAAGAACGCCAUGGAGACAGGUCAAAUAUGCGUCGAUGGCAAGCCGACUAGUCCCGACCAUAUUCUUAAGAAUGGAGAGCUGGUGUCACAUACAAUACACCGACAUGAGCCACCAGUCACAGCAGAUCCAAUAGGGAUCCUUCACGAAGACGAUGACAUGAUUGUUAUCAACAAGCCCUCCGGCAUACCGGUUCACCCUGCGGGAAGAUAUAAUUUCAACUCUGUCAUCGAAAUCAUGAAAGCUGGGAGGAGCCCGGAUUGGAUUCCAUACACUUGCAACAGGCUCGACAGAUUAACUAGCGGUAUCAUGUUCGUUGGAAAAAAUGCCAAGGCCGCUGCUCGGUUGGGCGUGCAAAUUAAGCAAAGAAGUGUGCGAAAAGAGUACGUCGCUAGAGUCAUUGGCAAUUUUCCUGAUGAGGAAAUAGUCUGCAACCAGCCGCUGCUCCAAAUUUCUCCCAAGCUAGGGUUAAAUCGAGUACGGGCAGCUGGAAAAACGGCCCGAACAGUCUUCAAGAAGCUCGCGUACUACCCACCAGAGGAACCGAGUCGAAGAGAACAAGUUGAAAAUGCUUCAAAAGCGAACGGUGCCGAUAAGGAGAAAGACAGGCCAUGGCUUCGUAAAGAAGGAUACUCGAUCGUGCGAUGCCUUCCAGUUACUGGUAGAACUCACCAAAUACGGGUCCAUCUUCAGCAUCUAGGACAUCCUAUCCAGAACGACCCCAUUUAUGCCAAUCAAAGGGUCUGGGGAAUAAACCUCGGUUACAACGAUCCCGAGGGGCUUGAGAACACAGACGAUGAUAUAAUCACACGCCUAAACCGCAUGGGGAAAGAAGAAGUAGCUGAUGCUGUCGCUUACCAUGAUGAAAUGGUGGACGAGUAUUACAAGAAGAAAGCGGAGAAGAUGUCCGGCGAGCUAUGCGAGGUCUGCGACACACCAUUAUACACGGACCCAGGACUUCAGGAACUAUCGUUGUGGUUACAUAGUCUUCGAUAUGAAGAUGCAGGCGGUGAUUGGAGCUAUGUUAGCCCUCUUCCCGAUUGGGCUUUACCCCCAUCUGGCAUGUCAGGACCUACAGAAGUAGGAGGUAUGGAGGAAUUGGUGUCGGCGGUAAAGGAUGUCAACCCCGAAAUCGCUUGAUUCCUAAUUCGCCAGCCUUUUACCGAAGACCUCCGAAUACUCGGAGAGAGUAAUGAGGGUUGUCCCUUAAUCGAUCCACAAAGGGUUCAAAGUCGCGUCAAGUUGAUCGGACCGCUCGUCUCGGCAUGCAUCUCUUGCAUGAUGCAGGGUGAUGUUUUACCAUCAUCCUCAGGGCUCCAAUUUUCUCUCCGUCUACCUAGGCCGCACUUGCGAGUGCUAAACUAGAACGAGAUUAGUUAGUCUUUAGGAUGCAUCC